AUCAGCCUGAGGCGUUUUUUUCUCUCUCUGUUUGUACUAAGUGAGUGAAACAGUUAAGUCUGAAGUUCACGGUGAAGCAGCCUGCGUGCUUCUUUCAGAGCGUUAGCUGCGGCCAGCUUCAUCCAAACAAAAUGGGCGUCCUUUUUGGAUUGUACGUCUUGGGGAUUAUAUUCACAGCCGUUCUUUUACUUCUGUUGGCAUCUACUACAUAUCAUCCACUUAAAAAUUAUAUAGGAAAAUGGAACGAAAUGAGACUAAUUCCAGGAAUGCCAGGCGCUUAUCCAAUCAUUGGCAAUGCACUGCAGUUUAAAGCCAAUGCAGGCGAUUUUUUCAACCAGAUUAUUGAGGGCACAAAUGAAAACAGACACCUUCCUCUAGCAAAGGUGUGGGUCGGCCCAGUCCCCUUUCUGGUCUUGUAUCAUGCAGAGAAUAUUGAGGCGGUCCUCAGCAACUCGAGACACCUUGACAAGUCAUUCUCGUACAGGUUCCUGCACCCCUGGCUCGGCACAGGCCUGCUCACCAGCACAGGGGAGAAGUGGCGUAACCGGCGUAAAAUGCUGACCCCAACCUUCCACUUCUCUAUUCUCUCCGACUUCCUGGAAGUGAUGAAUGAACAAACAGAUAUUUUGAUUAAAAAGAUGCAGAAGCACAUAGAUGGAGAGUCAUUCAACUGCUUCAGCCACAUAACAUUAUGUGCUUUGGAUAUCAUUUGCGAAACCGCAAUGGGAAAGAAUAUCUAUGCUCAGAGUAAUUCGGACUCUGAGUAUGUGCAAAGUGUCUAUAAGAUGAGUGACAUCAUUAGCAAGAGACAGAGAGCACCAUGGCUGUGGCCAGACUGGCUCUACAGCAAGUUAGAGGAAGGAAAAGAACAUUCCAGAAGACUGAAGGUUCUCCAUUCCUUCACUGCAAGUGUCAUCAAGGAGAGAGCAAAGUUCACAAACUCUGAACCUGACAGUGACUCUGACCAGGGGCCUAGGAAAAGACAGGCCUUCCUAGAUAUGCUGUUGAAAACUACUUAUGAGGAUGGACAGAAUUUGAGUCAUGAAGACAUUCAGGAGGAAGUGGACACCUUCAUGUUUGAGGGUCAUGAUACCACAGCGGCUUCAAUGAACUGGGCUUUACAUCUGAUUGGUUCCCAUCCUGAGGUCCAGAAGGCAGUGCAGGCAGAACUACAGGAAGUGUUCGGUUCGUCGGCCCGCCACGUGGGGGUGGAGGACCUGAAAAAGCUGCGCUACCUGGAGUGUGUCAUCAAGGAGAGUCUGCGGAUCUUCCCCUCCGUGCCUCUGUUUGCACGCAGCAUCUGCGAGCCCUGUCACAUCAAUGGCUUUAAGGUCCCAAAAGGAGUGAAUGCUGUUAUCAUACCAUAUGCUCUUCACCGGGACCCGCGCUACUUCCCAGAACCUGAGGAAUUUAGACCGGAAAGGUUCCUGCCAGAGAACAGCAAAGGGAGGCAUCCAUAUGCAUACAUCCCUUUCUCUGCGGGGCCAAGAAACUGCAUCGGCCAGCGCUUCGCCAUGAUGGAGGAGAAGGUAGUUCUUGCUACGAUCUUGCGUCACUUUGACGUAGAGGCAUGUCAGAGCCGUGAGGAACUGCGACCUCUGGGGGAACUCAUUCUGCGUCCCGAGAAGGGCAUUUGGAUCAAACUACAAAGAAGAACCAAAUAACUCUCGCCACCAUUAAAACUUAAGGUAGCCUUAGUCCUCAAAUCACUGACGUGCUAAAGAGUCAUGCCGCUAUGAGCAAACUUAAACACAUUUUUUGCAUAUUCUGUGCUGAUUUUAUGGGAACUUGCGUAGAACAAUGGAAAAUGGAGAGCUGAGAGUAUCAGACUUGUAUCAGUAGCUCAAGGCAUAAUCAAAUUAGUCAAAAUAUUAUAUAAAUGAACACCCAAGGGGAGGCAGAAGUUUGUGAAUGACAGGCAUUCAGAACUUCAUGGAGUUCAGAGUCCAUGUGGAGUUAGUUAUAAGUUAGAAAUAGUGUACAGUCAGCCGCUCGAUAGCACAAAAUAAGCCAAGAUAGUUCAUUGAAUCGGUUCAUUGACAACCCUGACACAGCUACUUUCAGCUAAAUGUACAUAAUAUAUUGAUUUGAGUUUAAAUUAUUUUAUCAUGAGAGUAGUAAGAGACAGCUAGCAAAGUAAAUGCAAUAACUAUAAAUUAUUCAGUCUAGCGAUCAUUAAAUAAAUAUGUUUAACCACAGAAUGACUUACCUAUGUAUUGAAAACAAAUGUGUAGAUAUUUCAUACGUCUAAAACUUUAAUUCUUUGUGUGUUUUUUUCUGUUUUGCUGCAUGCAUGACCAAUAAACAUAAAAAAAUUAUAUUUCA